AUGUCUGCGGAAAUCGCGGAUCCUGAAGUUGCUGCACGCGCAACUCUCGCACUACUAGAAACGCGUCUGCAUCGACUUGAGUUCCUACUUAGUGGCAAGAGCAACGAUUCUGGACAACCCUACCCAGUGACAGAACCAGCAAAAGCUAAAGAGACAAUUCAAACAAAACUCGAAAUUCUUGAGGAUGGCUUGAAGAAUCUCAAGAACCUUGAUGGACAUGCUGGUGCGGUGCUUCGAGACAUAGAUCGAUUGUCAUCUACUCAUCCAGAUCUUUUUGCUACAGUUUCUCGAGGGGGUUCAGACGUACCGAAAUCAGAGGACCUUGCCACUCUAGCGUCCGUUGUGCUUGCUCAUGCAUCAUUGUAUCCAGAGACAGCUUCGCGACUUUCUUCUCUUCAAACAUUACAAAUCCCACUCGCGGUGCAAACGUCCAAAUUGAUUGCCCUGCGUCCAGGACUGGAGAAGGCUCGGAUGGUCGAGCUUCAAAUGGAGGAAGAAGUACGCGAACUUCGAGAGCGUAGUGCACGCUGCCUCGAAUGGUGGGUGACUACGGGUAUCGUGGGCAUGGGUGAUAUGUGGCAGGAUUGGGAAUCGCGGAUUGCCGAUGUUGAAAGAAACGUCAUACGGUGGGAAAGAAGAGCAAAAGACGAACAAGGAUACUUGUGA